AUGUUCAGACAACAAGCGGUUGAAGAGAGGAAUUACGAUCCUCAAUUCAAACCUGUUCAAGGGAUCUACGAGGACAGGCUAAGGCAGUUUCUCGACCAAGGUGGGCCAUUCAGCCACCAAAAUUUGCCUAAAUUCUAUGAUAGGGAGCGCAUUAGGCUUGAUGGGAAGCAUGUAAAAGUGCAAUGGUACCAGGUGCCAUUUGAAGAUGGGUCUGAUCCUACUUCCCCUGAUAAGAGACCCUCUUGGAAGUCCAUUAUUGAGAAGGACAAAAAGGGGGAAUUGAAUUUCCAGGAUGCUUCAAUUGGCCAGCCAUUUGGGCCCAGUUGGUCUACUACAUGGUUUAAAGUUCAUUUGAAACUACCUUCUCAUUGGAUAGGCAAAAAGAUAAUUUUUGAUUGGGACUGCUCAAAUGAAGGAGUUGUAAUUGAUCCUGAAACUUUACUACCGGCAACAGCAUUUUCUGGUAACGAGAGAACAGAAUAUCAGUUACCAAAAAAUGAGUCAGGUGAAUACUUCUUCUACAUUGAAUCUGGUAACAACGGUAUGUUUGGUUGUGGUGCUGGUUCCACCAUCAACCCUCCUGAUGACCACAGAUUCUUUGGCUUGAACAAAGCAGAUAUCGUUUGGCCAGAUUGGGAAGCUAGAGCUUUGCGAAUUGAUUUCUGGAUGCUAGGUGACGCCGCCAGAGAACUCCCAGGCGACUCUUGGCAAAAACAUAAGGCAAGGCAAGUUGGUAAUCUUGUUAUGGAUGCUUUUGAUCCCGAGGAUAGGUCAAGUGUUAGAAGAUGCAGAGAGUUGUUGCACAAGGAGUACCUUGACGAUUUCGCUGACUCUCCAAAGGUUUAUCAAAAUGGUUCUGAUGUAAUGACAUCAGUCUACGGUAUCGGUAACUGUCAUAUUGACACAGCUUGGUUAUGGCCCUUUGCUGAAACUCGGAGAAAAAUUGUAAGAUCAUGGUCUUCUCAAUGUACUUUAAUUGAUGAAUUUCCAGAGUACCAAUUUGUUGCAUCCCAAGCUCAACAAUUUAAGUGGUUAUUAGAAGAUCAUCCUGAGUUUUUUAAGAAAGUCUUGGUUCCUAAAGUGCAAGAAGGUCAAUUUAUUCCAGUAGGUGGCUCUUGGGUUGAAAAUGACACCAAUAUGCCAUCGGGCGAGUCUUUGGCCAGACAAUUCUUCUAUGGACAAAGAUUUUUCAUGAAGCAUUUGGGUACCAAGAGUACAGUUUUCUGGUUACCUGAUACCUUUGGUUAUUCUUCGCAAGUCCCUCAGAUUUGUCGUCUAUCUGGAAUAGAUAAAUUCUUAACCCAGAAGCUAUCGUGGAAUAAUAUAAAUAGCUUUCCCCAUUCGACUUUCAAUUGGGCGGGUAUUGACGGUUCUCAACUUCUGACACACAUGCCACCUGGAAAUACGUAUACUGCAGACUCUCACUUUGGGGAUGUUUUGCGUUCAUCGAAACAAAAUAAAACAACUGAGUUUUAUGGUGCUGGCUUGAUGUUGUAUGGUAAAGGUGAUGGUGGUGGUGGUCCUACCAGAGAAAUGCUCGAAAAAAUGAGAAGAAUUAGGUCAAUAUCUAACAGAAAUGGUAACGUUGUCCCCAAAUUGGAUGUUGGAAAGUCUGUGGACGAAUUUUAUGACAAUAUUCUAAAAAAUACAGACAAUGGUUCAAUUCUACCAACUUGGAAUGGUGAGUUAUACUUUGAAUUCCAUAGGGGUACAUAUACAAGUCAAGCAAGAACCAAAAAGCAUAUGAGGUUCUCAGAAAUCAAAAUCCAUGACUUGGAAUGGAUAGCUACUAAAGUUUCCAUCCUAUUCCCGGAUAGAUAUAAAUAUCCUGCCAAUGAGAUAAAUAAACUUUGGGAAGAUAUUUUAUUGUGUCAAUUCCAUGAUGUGUUGCCGGGUUCUUGUAUUGAAAUGGUUUAUAAGUAUGAGGCUAUUCCUAGACUUGAUGAAGUCAUUGAAAGAUGUAAUAAGUUGAUUGAAGAUGCAUUGAAAUGUGUACAAAAGGAUAAGCAUAAAGACGAAUUGACUUUAAGAACUCUUCCAUGGUUAGAAACCGACUUUGCUGGAGAAAAGGAUAUUUCUAAGAAGUUUUUCGCUUCCGUGAAAGAUAAAGAUGACUGUUACUUGCUUUCCAACGGCAAAUGGGAAGUAUCGAUAUGUAAGAAGAGAGGUGUCAUUAAGAGUAUCAAAGACACAAAAGACAAUAUCGAGUAUCUUGACCUUAAGAAUGGUAGAAAUAAGUUUGGUGCUAACCAGUUUGUUAUAUUCGAUGAUAAACCAUUAUCUUGGCAGGCCUGGGAUACUGAGUUGUAUUCUGUAAACCAGUUUAAUUAUCUAGAAGAUGCAGACUCUGUAAAGAUUGUUGGGGACAGUGGCAAUGAAUGCACAGUUGAGUCACGCUUCAAGAUUUCCAAAAACUGUGAGAUCAUUACAAAAGUUUCAUUAAAAUCUACUGAUGAGCAGCGGGCAGAUGAAAGUAUUAUUCAUAUCAACACAAAGGUCGAGAACUGGGAAAGCGAGAACAAGUUCUUGAAGGUUGAAUUCCCAGUUAAUGUUCGUAAUGAUUUUGCUUCUUAUGAGACUCAAUUUGGUAUCACAAAGAGACCAACCCAUUACAACACCUCCUGGGAUGUCGCUAAGUUUGAAGUCUGCAAUCAUAAGUUUGCUGACUAUUCCGAGCAUACCAAGGGUGUAUCGAUUCUAAAUGAUUGUAAAUAUGGGUUUUCAGUGCAUGGAAACCUAAUGAGAUUAUCACUGUUAAGAUCACCUAAGGCACCUGAUGCUCAUGCAGAUAUGGGAUCGCACGAGAUCAACUAUGCUAUUUAUCCUCAUCGCGGUGAAUUAAACUACAAGACAGUUAGAAAUGCCAUCGAAUUUAACUUCAAUCACAAAUACCAAAUAUCUAAAGAGUAUGCCGACAAAUUACAGAGCAUUAUUUCAAUUGAAGGUGAGCCAAACGUCAUUUUAUCAAAUAUCAAGCGUGGUGAAGAUGAUGAAGAGCUGAAUUCCAACUAUGCUUUAAAGAAGUUGAGAUCGAGAAGUUUAAUUGCUAGGGUUUAUGAGUCACUUGGUGGUGAGUCUCGUGCUGUCCUAAAAACAUCCUUACCUUUGAGGGAGGUUCAAAUUGUUGAUAACCUUGAAUUAGAUGCUAUUGAGGACGUCAAUUUUAAAAAACUAGAUGACGGAACUUACGAGAUCCCAAUAACUUUAAAAACUUUCCAAAUUGCUUCCUACAGAUUGAUAUUCUAG